UCACAAUGGAGGAAUGAUAAAUAUUGAGCAAUAGAAAUCUUUGGAAUGUAUUUAUUUAUUUUAAUUGUAUAAAUAUUUAUAGUGCAUUCAAGAUGGAAAUACUUCCAGAGGGUGUCAAUGCCUCUAUAAAAAAGGGGCCUGGCCUCUAUGAGUUCCUUGUUGAGGCGGAACUACAACAUUAUUUUAAUAGUUUCAAAAAUACUUUGAAAAUUGCUCAUCCUUCCCAGUUGAAAUUCACGACAGAAAGUGAUUUGAUAGAAAUAGGAAUGUCCAAGCCGGAAAUGAGGCGCCUUCGUAAAUAUUAUGACAAACAUUUUCCUCAUAAUUAUUUAUCAAAACUCAAAAAAAUCAUCAAUUAUAAAAAACAGGGACAAUCUUCUAAUGAUGCUUAUCUUUUAAUGAACAUGGACUCUUUGUCCGUUUCGCGAGCCCCCAGAGUCUCAAGUAAACACAUCAUACCAGCCGCCAGUAUUACCAUAAACAAGGAACUGGGCAUGGGCGAGUUUGGGGUGGUGCAACAGGGCGUCUGGUGCAAUGAAGGGGAAAGGAUACAGGUCGCCAUAAAAUGCCUAUCGCGGGAUCGAAUGCAGAGCAACAUGGUCGAGUUCCUAAAAGAGGCAUCAAUAAUGCACAAUAUCGACCAUCCCAAUAUUGUGCGAUUUUUCGGCGUUGUUUUACCCAACGUUGAAGGAAGUCUGAUGCUCGUAACCGAAUUAGCACCUUUGCGAUCUCUUCUAGAGUGUUUAAAAGAACCUUCGUUAAGAUCGAGUUUCCCGGUCUUAACGCUUUGUGAUUUUGCUUACCAAAUAUGCGACGGAAUGCAAUACCUCGAAGCAAACCGUUUAAUACAUAGGGAUUUAGCUGCAAGAAAUAUUCUAGUUUUUUCAAAAAGCAAAGUGAAAAUUUCCGAUUUCGGCUUGAGUCGGGCGUUAGGACAAGGCAAAGAUUACUACCAAACGAAUUUUAAUGUGAAUUUGAAACUACCAAUUGCGUGGUGUGCCCCAGAAUGUAUAAGUUAUCUCAGAUUUACCACGUCGAGCGACGUUUGGGCUUUUGGUGUGACCCUGUGGGAAAUGUUUUCGUACGGUUUUCAACCAUGGGCGGCCUUGACUGGACAACAAAUACUUGAAGCAAUAGACGAACCGAACUUUCAAAGAUUAGAACAGCCGGAUUGUUGUCCUUUAGAUCAUUAUAAUUUAAUGUUGGAUUGUUGGAGACACGAAGCCGCUGCUAGGCCCAAAUUUGCCGAAAUCGGGCCUGUCUUAGCCGAAUGCAGACCUGAACAAGUUCAAGCCAAAUCUUCUGCCGGGGAAGGCCCCCACAUGCUUUCGUUCCGAAUCGGUGACGUUCUUACUGUCCUAGAUAAAAAGACACACCACCCUCUCUGGAAGGGGGUAUCGGCCAGUGGCAAAACCGGCCUUUUCGACCCCAUCAACGUCGUGGCCUACCUUGGGAGUGAUCUACCAAGUUCUUCGUUUUUACGCACUGACAGUACCCGAUCGUCCUCUCGGAAAAAACUCCGAAGCGAAAUGAUUAGUGCCCCACAAGGUGAUUUAAAACAUACAGGUCACGUGGGCCUCGACGGAGCUUAUUUCGGCGACUUGAGUUUCCUAGGGGGAUCAAAAGGAAGUUAUGGAUCAGUCCCCACCCAAGUCGUGGCUCCUUACCGCCCGCACAAAGACCUGGAAGCGGCCCCGCUCCUCGAAGGGGAUCACGUGCCGGCUCCUGCACCACUCCAAGACCACGAGUAUCACGAAAUUAGCGACGAGGAGAAUACCCACAGCCCCCAUUUGGACUUGGGACCGUCGCUGAUGGCCGAAAUGGAACUAAUGUUGAAUUCAUUUGGUCAUCCGAAUCAAGCACUGGAUCAUGAGGGGUCGUCGAACCGGAAUAAUGAAUUGAGGGAGAAAUUGGGGACGAAAUCGAGGAAACAAGCCACGAUUAAACCGAUUUCGACUCAUGAUCAGAAAACGUUAGAUACGGCGAUUGCCCUGGCGAAUGAGUUGAGUACGAGGUCGAUGUCGGCUCCGGCACCCACGACGCCGGCGUCGCCCAACAAGAAAAAGUUCAGUUUUAGGUUUCCUUCAGUUGGAGAGCAUGACAAGAAUACGGAGAGAAGGAAUUUUUCGGAGGAGGCCUUGUCCACUUCCGAUUUACAGUCCAAAGUUACACAAGAGGCACAGAUGGCAUACCAAGGACUCGUCGAAAGUCCCUCAGCCGACGUGACUCAACUAAUGGUCACGAAUCCAUUACGGAUAUUACGUUCGGGUCAGCCCGUCAUAAACCCUCGAACACGUUCGGCGAGUGUUGCCAGCACUCUCCCGCCGAAAUUCCACGACUCGGUUCGAAAUUCUGUCCCGGAAAAUUUGAACGGAACCAAAACAGGUGUGGCAACCAAAUUUCCAGACAGACAAAUUAAACGCCAAUCCGCAGAUAUGUCCGUUGAUGAGCCGCCAAGGCAGAAUUUCUCAAGUCAUACUUUACCACACCUUCACAGGGAUGACAACCCCAUCCCCUUGCCGCCGAGGGACCGAAACAAGACUCUCUUAGCGGCGAAACCACGACAUACGCGRAAACACCCGCUUAUUAUUCCCCCGWCGAAUUUGCAACGCACGCUGGAYAAAAUAAAUACGGUUACACCGCCGGCGACGGUUACGGUUGAUCCAUUUCACGGUAACGAAGUUCCGGUUUAUUCCAAUAGYGUUACACAAAUGGCGGAGAAAAACCCGGAGUCCAUACACUUCGAGGCGCAAAUCGAGUCGGAUUUGAAUGCUUUGGAUGAGAUUCCGCAAGAGCAAGAUGUUGUAGAUGGAGUUGGGAGUAUGAGAGUUGACGAUGAGAAGUUGAGUAGUCAUCAUGUGAGUUGUGAGGAUCUUCUCAAGUUCGCGAACGCGAAACCGAGUUCGAGGACUAGAGGGAUAGAUUCGGAUGAAGUCAGGAUUAUGUUGAAAGUUUUAGGUAAAGAUGUAUCCAAAGAGAAAUGCGUGGACGCGUUAGAUCAGUGUGAGUGGGAAGUAAUGAAAGCAAUAAAAAUCGUCAAACUACAAAAUAUGGUGARCGCUGAUAUGAGUGUCUGUUGUAACGCUUUGGAAAAUUCRGCUUGGGAUGUGGCUAAGGCUGCUCAAUKGGUCUUACAACAAGACGAGGUGACUCAAGUGUAACAUAUCAACUAUAAGUUUUAAAUUCUCAAUUCUUAUUGUCUUGCCAAUGUUAUAUUAUUUUAAAGAAAUUAACUUAUUUUUUAUGACAUUUUGUUAGAAAAUAAUUAUGUUAGAAUUAUUUUUUAUUAAAAUUGUACAUGUGGACAAAUUUUUACGGCUUAUACAUCUUAUACCAGUAGUGACACUUUUUAAAAAUUAUACAAUGUUUUACAAUAAAUUUAUACACAAAAUUAA